GUAGUGGAUAUCUCACCAGCAAUAUCAACCCCACAGCGCUCAAUCUACACACCACUGCUCUGGAUAUCACACCAUCUAACCCAGUCCAGUCUCUUUGAGACGGACAUUUUACUUACAGGAUGUCCGACAACCCUGGUCUCAGGGCCACGCCCCAUAUCCGUCUGAAUUCGGGACGUCAGGAUCCCUUUGCUGACUCCGAAGCCACAUCCCCCCCUCUCGUACCAUUCCCUCAACAGCCGCAGCAGAUCGGCCGGGCGUUGACUCCAGGAAUGGUGCGCUCGCCAUCCGACGGAACAGUACAGACAGCAUGGGGCUCGCCCACCCCACAAGAGUCCACGGAAUUUUUAAUACCGCCGCGGGCUUACCGACACCGGGACGAGAUGCUCGAUCAGUCUCGGUCUCCGGAGCUGUUAUCGAUUCGCUCAUCACGCCGGACGAGCUGGAGCUCCUCUGCGGCGAGUUUUGACGCUAGGGGCUACUCGUACGCCCAUUUCGAUGAAUCCCGGGCCUCGUCUCGUGCCGAAAGUUGUGAUGAUAAUGAUGUGAAUACGCAAACGGUCACGGAGAAAUAUAAUAUUAUGCCAACGGAGGGGCUGUUGCUGUUCCCGGAGGACGUGGAGAAGGAUGAUUACUUGCAUAAUCCAGAUCCGAAUGAUAAGGAUAUAGAGUGUGAUGUCUGGAAUCGUCGGGGGAUUGCGAACUUGGGCGGGUUGAUUUUAAUGACGGUGGGAUUUGUGGCCUUGUUUGUGGUCUAUCCGGUCUUAUCUGCUGUGGAGAAGGUGCAAAAGCCAGUCAAAGAGACCUGCGAAUUGGGCGAUACCUUAUGUUUGGAUGUUGGGGAGCGUCCGAUACUCUCCAAUCUGCGCAGAGGAUUGAUCGAUCCGGACACACCAGAAUCGGCAAUGAAGAAGAAGUCGGUGGAUGGCAAGGAAUGGCAGUUAGUGUUUUCCGACGAAUUUGAAACGCCCGGUCGGUCAUUCUAUGAUGGAGAUGACGCUUACUACCAAGCCAUCGAUCUAUGGUACGGUGUGACACAGGACCUCGAGUGGUAUGACCCUGAUGCGGUGACGACAAAAGAUGGGACCAUGGAGAUCCGGUUCGAUGCGUUCGAGAACCACGAAGUCGGGUACCGCUCCGGAAUGGUGCAAAGCUGGAAUAAGCUGUGUUUCUCGGGUGGUCGGUUGGAAGCGAGCAUAUCACUGCCUGGAGCCGGUGAUGUGUCGGGAUUCUGGCCGGGCUUUUGGGCGAUGGGCAACUUGGGUCGACCGGGCUAUGCUGCAACCACAGAGGGAAUGUGGCCAUACAGUUACCACGAUGGGUGCGAUGCGGGAAUAACUCCCAACCAAAGCUCUCCAGAUGGCAUCAACUUCCUCCCCGGUAUGCGGUUGCCUGCUUGCACUUGUGAUGGCGCAGACCACCCCUCCCCUGGGAGAUCCCGGGGCGCACCGGAAAUCGAUGUGAUCGAAGCCAGUGUAGGCGCUCUGAACGGUGACCAGAACGCCUAUAUUGGAACCGUGUCCCAGAGUCUGCAAAUGGCACCUUUUGAUAUAUGGUAUAUGCCAGAUUACGAUUUUACUGCGGUGUACGACCCUCACAUCACGUCCAUCAACACCUAUCGCGGAGGACCAUACCAGCAGGCCAUGUCCGGGAUGACCAACUUGAAUAACCACUGGUACAAUGGCACGGAGUAUCAAGCUUAUGCUUUUGAAUAUACCCCAGGCGCGGUGGGCAACGUGACGUGGUUCGUUGGCCAGGACAAGACAUGGACACUGGACGGACGAGCGAUCGGGCCCAACGGCAACGUGGGACAGCGGAUGAUUCCUCUGGAACCGAUGUCGAUCGUGAUGAACCUGGGUAUGGCAUGGAAUUUUGCUCCGAUCAACGAUACUCUGAGGGAAUACAUGCCCGGGAUCAUGCGCUUCGACUAUAUUCGGAUAUACCAGGACCCGGACAAUAUCAGCGUCACCUGCGACCCGCCGGGAUUCGAGACGACCGAGUACAUUUCCAAGCACCCGGAAGCAUACCAAAACAACAACAAAACAUCCUGGUCCGCUGCUGGAUAUGACUGGCCCAAGAACUCGUUAAUGCACGGGUGCUGAUUCGUAACACUCCAGUCUCACUGUUGGAGCUGUUCGAUAUACUUGCACCAGCCGCACCAUGGCGAUAGUUGUACGAGUUCCGCGCCAUGCCCGUGCCGCGAUGUCGGCUACCGGCGCAUGUGAGUCCUUUUAGCGGCAUUUUGCUUUGGCGUUAAGGGCGUCGUUUCCGCACUUUGAUGAUGAUUGAUUAUAGUGGAGCCGGUGGCUGGGGGUUCUGUUAUUUGCAUUUUGAUUCUGAUAUCUUCACCUGUACCUUUUCCAACUCUACUUCCCCCUUCCCAUCUACCGAUCUGACCACAUUUAUGCCGCAUUUAUGUCUGAUUUAUUCCUUGGUGUUCUCAUUCGCGUGACCAACCCGUCUCAG